AUGGCACAUUGCUGGUGGAUCGGGCUGCGCGAAAAUGAAAACUACGAGAAAAUCCUUUCGUCGAUCAAAGAUGUCAGCAUAGAAGAUUCCGAUACCGAAAUCCCCGGUUUCAACGUCCUCCAUCUGCUGCCGGCCAACCUGGGCAGAUUCUAUAGAUACAACGGCUCACUGACCACCCCUCCUUGCUUCCAGACGGUGAACUGGACUAUAUUCAAUGAGUCGAUUACAGUAUCAAGGACACAGCUGGCCACCCUGGAGGACACGCUGAAGGCCGACCGCGACCGGCACCUGUCCAAGAACUUCCGAGCGCCCCAGCGUCUUCACGGGCGCCGCGUGCUGUCCUCUUUCGGCGCUUUGCCGGACGCCAGGGGCCGUCGCGUGAACCCCCCUUUUUCAGCAGACGUUGAUUCGGCAAACAACGGCGUGCCAGGGAACGAACGAGUUGGUGCUGAUGGUGGGUUUACCAGAGGUGAUGUCUUGGCCACGGCAUUCGGAGUCCUCUUUUUUGUCACUCUCCUGUCUUUCAUGGUAUAUGCUUUUCAACAACAGAAAAAAUACUCAAGGUUCAAAAAGGAUGCAAGACAGAAUGUAAUUUAUCAACAAGCUACCAAAGAAGAUAUAUAA